AUAAUACACCAUAUUUGACGUCUAAAAAUGUUAUAGCUUCUUAGUUCAGACGUCCAUGGACGAAUAACUUUGUACAGUGAGUAACGGAACGUUACGAGAACAGCCAUUGGCAUUUAAACAAAAAUACGAAAAGUUAGUUUGUAUGUACUGUGUUUCUUGUGUUUAAUUUUCAUUUUGAAAUGGAUUCUGAAGUGGUAAGUAAUUUUGUGGCAUAAAUUACCUAUGUAAAGUACAAUCUAGUGAUGAAUUGUCCUUUCCCGCGCAUUGUUUAAUGUAGUUAAAAAAUACAAUAACCUUUUCACUUUUAGGUAAGGUCAAACCUCUGUUUAAAGAUGAAACGAAGGCGUUGAUAGAAUUGAUAGAGAAUAGCAAAAUAAUAACCACCAAGACGACCAACGCCACCAACAACAGCUUAAAAAAAAAGAGUGGCAUUGUAUAGCGGAGCGAUUUAACGCAAACACUGCUACUUGUCGUCGUAUACUGCAACAACUAAAGUUGUAGUGGGAAAAUUUAAAGAAGAACUGUCGCAAAUACAAUACUAUAAGGAUGAAUAGCAUUAAGACUGGUGGUGGUGUUGCUGAAUAUAUACCUCCAGACGAAAUACUGGACAGAGUGGGUUCAUUAUUAGGUAGCACAGUCAGUGGAUUUGUAGUGCAAUUUGGGGCUGAUAAGGAACCAGAACUUCUAAUUGCUGGUUGUAGUGACUGUGCUAAUAUUGACUCCUCUUGUGAAGAUGCCACGGUUUUAAAUGUGGAAACUAAAAAUAACUCAACACUACCAGUGUCUUUGGCCAAAUCUGUUGUGUUGGAUUGUGAGUUGAAUGACAAUAGUGAGGUUGUGGUGGCUCCAGACGAUCCGCACCAUGUCACGUUUACUACACCUAGAAGAGGUACAAAAAAAAGGAAUCGAGAUGAAGGAAGAUCAGCAAGGAAUGUUGCAAUAGCUUAGUAUUACUCAGAGAAGAAAAAAAAUUUAAAAGCAACUUGCUACAAAAUAAGUUAAUAAACAAUAGCAUUAAAUAAGAAAAUAAAAAAUAAACUUAAAGAUAGAAAAAUUAAAAUUAGAAGGAUGGUGGCAAUCUCGAGAGGCUCAUCGUGACUGGUAAGGUAGAUGGGAAAAGACCUCCUCGGUAGAUGGGGCGCAGCACAAUACGUUAGUCCGACCAGAUCCGCACCGCUCUUGAUUCCACGUUUCACAAAGCCCUCCCAGAGACAAGAA